AGGGCGGGGCUGCGCCGAAGCCAUGUGGCGCCGGCGUCGCGCAGCGCGGGGUCGCUAUGGCGGAGCUGCAGCAGCUCCGGGUGCAGGAGGCGGUGGACUCCAUGGUGAAGAGUGUGGAGAGAGAGAACAUCCGGAAGAUGCAGGGCCUUAUGUUCCGGUGCAGUGCCAGCUGCUGUGAGGACAGCCAGGCGUCCAUGCAGCAGGUGCACCAGUGCAUCGAGCGCUGCCACGCGCCUCUGGCUCAGGCCCAGGCCUUGGUGACCAAUGAGCUGGAAAAGUUCCAGGACCGCCUGGCCCGGUGCACAAUGCAUUGCAACGACAAAGCCAAAGAUUCGAUGGAUGCAGGGAAUAAGGAGCCUCAGGUGAAACAGCAGCUGGACAGUUGUGUGGCCAAGUGUGUAGAUGAACACAUGAACCUCAUUCCAACGAUGACCAAGAGGAUGAAGGCGUCUCUCUCAUCUAUUGCGAAAUAAAGCCUUUGCCAGUGGCUGAGGGCAGGAAUCUAUUUAAAAAGAAUGGCAAUCUUAGUCUUUUAAGUAAAAUACAUGAAUGAAGAAACUAAGGAUAACAGCAAGUUUAAGACAUAUUUCACUUGCCUCUGGACCCUGGUUCCUCUAUGUUUGGAUGCUAGAAAGUGAAAUGGAAAAAAAAAAAACUGGUGCUAAAGUUUGGGUCAAAGAUAG